AUGGAGCCUAGCAGCAGCAGCUUGGACGAGGGGCUACAGCCAAGCAGCACAAGUGAAGACAACAGCAAUACAACGCGCAGCAGCCAAAGCCCUGUCAGUAACGGCAACAGGAGGAGCAAUGGCGGCAGCAGUGGCGGCAGCGCCAGCAGCAGGAGUAGCAGCAGCGAUGGCAGCAGCACCAGCAACAGCCGAAGUAGCAAAAGCAGCAGUAAGGGCAUCGCCAGCAGCCUUAGCAGCGAGGAGGAGGUCGUGCCAUCUUCUUCCAGCAGCAGCAUGGAGGAGCCGGCAAAUAGGACUGCUUUGAGUCCGAGCCUCAGCUGCCGCCGUCGCCGCAGAAGCAGGAGCAGUAGCGAGGUCAGUGCUUACAGCAACAGCAGAUACAGCAGCGAAAGUGAAUAUUUUGGAGAUCCCCCUGCUGGGCGGCGUUUCAAGGAGCAGCAAGAGGAGGAGGAGCAGCACGAUCAGCACCAGGAGCACGAGCAGCAGCUCCUGCAAAUCGGUACAGGGAAACGAGGUACGAGGAGUUCCCCGAAUAACACCGGAAGCAGUGGCAGCGGAAGCAGAAGAAGUAGCAGUAGCAGCUGGAGCAACAGGAGGUAUCACGGUAGCAGCACGCGCAGGAAGUACAAACCUGCUUUGCCUUCUCGCUGCCGAGGUACAUUUACUGCUUCGGCAGACGCAACAACAGCUGCAGCUUUCAAAGCAGAAGCAUCCGAGCAGCCUUUGCUGCAGCUUGUGGCUUUCGAUGACAUACAACAGACUUUCACUCGCAGCCAAUGCAUGGCUAGCGGCCGAUGGUGCUGCUGCUGCAGUUGUUGCUGGAGACAGUCUCUGCCUCUACAGAGGCCCCGCCGCCCUGUGACAACUCAGAACGACACAGUUCAUGACGGUUACAGCAGCACGAGCAUGAAUGCCGUCAGUAGCAGUAGCUACAGCAACGACAGCGGCAGAAAGAAUAACCGAAGAAUUGAAACGGUGCAGGGCUGUCGUUGCCUCUGCGGCUCCUGUUGCUGCCGCGCCAGCAGGCAAGGCAACGAGAACAGCCGGAUGGCAGCUGAUAAUAUCAAUGAAGUCUCCCCGCAAGGCGGUCUCGAGGCGCAGUUGCUCUCCGCAGGCAUUUCUGCUACUUGGGGACACGCAAACAGCAACAGCAGCAGCAGCAGUCCGCAGAGGGGCGGAGAGUCUCGCGGGUCUGCUUCAUUUGUAGUGCAGCAGCUAGCUUCAGUGCACAUGGGACUCCCUUUACAUCAACAGGAACAGCUUCGAGCAGCAACAGCAGCAAGUAUGGCAACUUCUUUCCGGCAAGACCCCCAUCUGCAGGCGAGGGCCUUACUGGAGCUGGGAGCGGCUUCCGAAGCGAUCCCAACGUGGGAUUUGUUUUUGGAUUAUAGGAAGCCUAGCGGACUGCAGCAGCACCCGCUGCUGCCGUCGGCGAUACAGUUACUGAGGCGACUGCCGCGUUUUGCGCUCCCUUUGUACGAUCAGCAGCUGCUGCAAGGCGCGUGCGAGGACUCUGUUCUAUACCCAAAAUUCCAGGGCCUCGAGGUCCCCUUUCGGCUUCUUGCCCACGACCUACUUUUCCUUGCCACUUACUCUUAUCUAGCUGAUCUGCCCCACUGGCUGAGGCCUCCCAUUAGGCUUCUCAGGAUUGUAGGAUUCGUCUUGCUCAACGCAGAGCUCCACCAAAACCAGCUUCGUGAGGAACAGCAACAGCAGGGAGAAGACACAGAAGAUGAGGCGCAGAAUCGGGAUCUUGGCGUCUCUAGGCGCAUGGCACUUGAAGCACCGUCAGCUGCUGCAUUUACUGUAUCAGAGGGAGACGCAAUAGAGCUGGACGGAGCGAGCCCGGAGGCCAUGGAGGCGUACCACCUGCAGGGCCUCGUGCUUUUUAAUCUUCAAAUGAUCAUUAAUGACUUCUCGCCUACACUCAACCGCAUAGAGGUAUUAUGUGAUGGCAGCUGUAUAGUGAACGAUAACCCCUACGCUGCGCUGCACUCCCUCACGGCAUUCUUGCAACAGCACGGCUUCUCGCUACACAGCUUCAGGUAUAAACGAGGCGGCAACAUGGUCUCAAGCAACAGCAGUAAUAGCAAUGACGACAACAACGGGCUACGUCUCACAGCCGCGACAAUCCGAGCAGUUGGACAGGAAACUCACCCCAAGCAACACGAGGCGUGCAGCACCAGCAUCAACAGCAGCAGCAGAAACGCAAUUGAGGCUUUUAUUGAAACGUGCAAACGAAGAGAGGGGUUGGAGGAGAACAGGGUUCAGCUGCUGCUGAAGCAGCAGGACGGCCCGCUGAACCGUUCCGCGGCGUCCUGUUCUUCCUUCGCGGCAACGGCUACUACAGGUCCCGCUGCUGCAGCAGCAGACAGCGGUGCAGCGGCUUGUGCUUGCUGCCGCUGUCGAGGGGACGACGGUUCGUCAGAGGCUGCUGAAGCAGAAGCCUUUAUUUCGGCUGCUGCCGCUGCAGAUAGCGAUGAGCUCUCAGAAUCAGACGGAGACGAUGUUGAUGGAGUGCUGCGGACCCACACUUUGCCGGCAGACGUUUAUACGGAAAGUGCGUCAAGAAGCCGCGGUUUAGGGGAUGCAGUUGCUUCUAUCUUCCAUUCAUUAUUAAGAGCUCUCGACGAUGACCGCCAGCGAAGGAAGCAUCAGCGGCAUGACACCACUCCCCGCGUAUCUAUCCACUCCGUCCUGUACGUGCGAACCUCUCUAAAUGCUGCGGAAGCCCGAGCAGCAGAAGAAGCAGCAGCAGCAGCUGCGGCUGCUGCUGCAGAAGCAGAAGCCCAUGAACGCCGCCGAAUACAGCAUGACUACGAGCUUUGGCAGCAACGCGAGGGACAGGAGCAACGGCAAGAACAGCAGCAGCGGCAGUUGGAGCGACAGCAGCAGCAGAUCGCAGAAGAAGAGGGCGAUGGCGACAUAUUUACGUUCUUUGGGGCUGACAGUUUACGACCUGAUGAGUCCUUCCUUUCUUUCCUAGACGAUUUGUAUUAA